AUGCUACCGCCUAAUCAGUUAUUUUACUUGCACUUUUGUUACAAAACUUAUUGUGUUAUAUUUGCUUCAGAGAUCUUUGUUAUUGAAAACAUAUAUUUAUUUUGUACUAUACAACGCUUCUUGAUAUUAAAAUAUUUAUUCAGUCCUAGCAGUUAUUUGGUAAGUCCCAUUGCCACUGCAAUUAUUUAUUAG